UUCUCUACUGUGUUUGGUUGGCGAGAAAAUGAACAAGUUACUAUCUUAUUCAAAAGGUUGUACACAGGGGGCCGUUCUAACUUCAAGAUCCUUAAUUUGUUUUUUCUUUCGUGGAAUCUUCCGUAAAAGCAAACAGUGAAUUUGCGCGGGCUUUUGAAUCUCUCGAUUAUAAUUCGCUGCUUUCCACUGUUUGUCUUUUUGUGUGAUCAUUGGCGGGAAUCCGACAGAAAUAAAAUAUUUAUCUUGAUUGUGGUUUGACUCGUUUGAGAGCUCGGGAAAUAUAAAUGGAAGCUGGGGAUCGGGUCGCUGGUUAAGGUGUAUUGUGUAAUUUUCGAAAAUCCCUUUUUUAUUUUCCCACGUUUUCUCAGGAACCAAACAUAGCGAACGCAAAAAGCUUUCAUGGAAAGUGGAAGAGAGGCGGCACGCAAGACAGGUAGCAAUGAAAAUGAAGUCGUGGUUACGAUUUCGAGUAGUGAGGAAAGCACAGAUGCUAAAGCUUCUGCGGCAACCGAAGAUGGCUUCAAAUCGUUUUCUAAAGAUUCGCAAGCUUCGAUUGAGAUGGAGAGGCUCAAAUCCAGAGUCCAAGUGACCCCAAAGACCACCCCAUCUUCUCCGGACACGCCCAGAAGUCCGAGCGCGAGCAAGCCCCCAAAAGUCCCCACGGAGUCGGUGGUUCGACGGCGGUCCCUGGGGAGGUCGGCAUAUUCGAUACCCAAAUCGAGAUUGCUGGAGCCUUCAUGUCCUAUUGAAACUUCUGUUGAAGAGAAUACCCGGUUGUUGCCUUCGAGUUCGCUUAAAACUAACCGUGCUUCUCCAAUUCAUAGCUCAACUGCUACUACUCCUAGAGACAAUGUGAAAACAGCUCCGGUGACUCCACAAACACCCGGUGGAGAGGACGAAGAAGAAGAAGAAGACGAGGAGGUUUAUAAGACAUCGUAUUUUCCAGAAACGGAAAAGAAAAGUAAGAAAUUGAGGUUUGUAGUUUGGAUUGAGUGGGUAGCGUUUGUGUGUAUUAUGGGGUGCUUGAUUGCUAGCUUAACUAUAGAUAGAUUGCUGCAUACUAUGAUUUGGAGUUUGGAAAUUUGGAAAUGGUCUGUGCUGGUAUUGGUGAUAUUCUGUGGGAGAGUGGUCACAGAACGGUGUAUUAAUAUCGUAGUCUUCAUGAUUGAAAAGAAUUACUUGUUUAGACAGAAGGUUUUGUACUUUGUUUUUGGGUUGAAGAAGAGUGUGCUGGUCUUCAUUUGGUUGGGUUUGAUUCUUCUAGCUUGGGGCCUAUUGAUCGACAGUGGGGUGAAGCGAUCAAGGAAGACCACCAGGAUUCUGAAUUAUGUGACGAGAGCCCUUGCUUCUUGUCUUGUUGGGGCUGUUCUAUGGCUGGCAAAGGCCCUGUUGAUAAAGAUACUUGCUUCUUCUUUCCAUGUCACAAGAUUCUUUGACCGGAUUCAAGAAUCCCUAUUUCAUCAGUAUGUUCUCCAGACCCUUUCAAAGCCUCCUUCCAUGGAGACUACAGAAAUGGUUGGGAGAGGAAAUAGCGCUCAGUUGAGUUUCAGGAGUGAGAUGAAACAAAAAGGAGGGAAGAAAGAAGAGGUUGUUGAUGUAGGGAAGCUUUAUAAAAUAGACCAAGAGAAGGUUUCUGCUUGGACCAUGAAAGGUUUGAUUGACGUGAUAAGGGGUUCCAGGUUGACUACAAUAUCGAAUGUGCUUGAUGACAGUGUUGAUGAUGAGGGAGGCGAACAUAAAGAUAAGGAGAUUGCUAAUGAGUGGGAAGCAAGGACUACAGCUGUUCAGAUUUUUGAGAAUGUAGCCAAGAGUGAUCCCAAAUAUAUCCACGAGAAGGACCUCUGGUGCUUCAUGAAAAAGCAGGACGUAGAUAAUUUGCUUCCAUUAUUUGAAGGAGCAUCAGAAACUCGAAAGAUUAAGAGAUUCUCUUUUAAGAAGUGGGUGGUGAAGGUCUACAGUGAACGCAAAUCACUGGCACUUUCUUUAAAUGAUGCUAAAACAGCCAUAGAGGAACUGAAUAAAAUUACUUCAGGGGUUACUCUUAUUGUUAUCAUCAUUGUGUGGUUACUCUUGAUGGGAUUAGUGACGACCAAAGUACUCAUCCUCAUUUCAUCGCAGCUUUUACUCGCAGCGUUUAUGUUUGGCAACACCUGCAAGACUGUAUUUGAAGCCAUGAUAUUUGUAUUUGUGAUGCACCCAUUUGAUGUUGGUGAUCGUUGUGUCAUCGAUGGAGUGCAGAUGACUGUUGAAGAGGUGAACAUUUUGACGACAAUCUUCCUGAGAUAUGACAAUGAAAAGAUAUUCUAUCCAAAUUCUGUUUUGGCUACCAAACCCAUCAGCAACUUUUACAGGAGCCCGGAAAUGGGGGGUGACUCUGUGGAGUUUGCUGUUGAUUUUUCCACUUCAAUGGAGACCAUCGCUGCUCUUAAAGAUGGAAUAAAAACGUACUUGGAGAGCAAGCCUCAACACUGGCGUCCUGUCCACAGUGUGUUGGUGAAGGAUAUUGUUCAUGUGAACCAGAUGAAUAUGGCUCUUUAUGUCAACCACACCAUAAACUUUCAGAACUAUGGGGACAAGAGCAGCCGCAGAUCUGAACUAGUUAUAGAGCUGAAGAAAAUAUUUGAAGAGCUUAAUAUUAAAUAUCAUCUGCUGCCUCAGGAAGUUCACCUAAGAAGUGUUGACUCAGCACCGCCACUAUUUCCAACUACAAUGCGCUGACAGUCACUCUUCUUUGAGCCGGGAUUCUGUAUUCUGCUGCAAAACAGGAACAUUGUGGUCGAUGCAGGAGCGGAGAUCGAUCUAGCAGGAAACAAUGUAGUCUCAAGGUAGAUUAUUGAAACUGCAGUUUUAGUUCUGAUUUUGAAUAAAAAUAUUAUGUUUAUGUGGAAAUGAAGCAUGGAGAUUAGUAAGAGUGAGUGUCAUUUGAGACUCUUGGUUCCGAUGAUCAACAAUCGACUUUUAUGAACUUUUUCCAUUAAAGAGGAAAGAAGAUAUCAGGUCACUUCAUCGAAUGGAAGAAGAGAAAGCAAAGAUGAAGCUUCCAUCAGAUAAGGUAUCUCAUUGUGGUAGUUAAAUACCUUCAAGUUGUUAAAUAAUCAUUUCUCACCAAGUUUCUAAUUUUA